AUGAGACUCAAAUUAGGGCGAGGGGGCCAGUGUAGCUCUGCUGGCAGGGUUACGGCACAGCUGCUCUUAUCGUUCCUCGCGGUAUCACCGACUCUAGCUUCCGUUGGGGAAGUGCCAAACAACGACGAGGCCGUCCUUCAACCAGGACCUUUACUUCCACCCAGCACCGCACAACCCAACACGGGCGAACACAUAUUUACAUUACGACACAUUUUCCACCAUGGAACAUAUCGGCAUCCUCAGCUGCACCGACGCAAGGAUGUCCGCCACUCCGACGGCGCCGAUAACCAGGUCUGGCUGGCGGAGGAGGACGGAUACAAGAGGGAAAGGGUGAUGCCUCUGAAGGCCCAGAGCACGCCUCUCAAGAUCGAGCGCAUGGUUGAUCGUCGGCCGUCUGUCGUUGAUCCCAUGGUCACCGAAGCUCGUCAGCGCGGCUAUGUCAACAUCAUGUCGCCAUCCGAUUGGACUACCGACGAGGUCCCCGGACCCAACAUCACGGACAAGGCCACGGUUAUCAGCCUUGCCAUCAUGGCUGCAAACGCUUACAUUGAAGAGGAGGGCAAGGCGGACUGGGAAGAGGUCGGCAGCGGCUACAAUAGGAGCGCUGAUUUCGGAUGGGAGGGUGACGGACUCCGGGGGCACAUCUGGGCGGACGAGACGAACUCGACUAUUGUUAUUGGCCUCAAGGGAACUUCUACGGCCAUCUUUGACGGAGAGGGAACCACCACCAACGACAAGGUCAAUGACAACCUCUUCUUCAGCUGCUGUUGUGCUCAGCAGGGGCAGUGGACCUGGCAUCAAGUCUGCGACUGUGCCACAUCCACCUACUCAUGCAACAACACCUGCGUCGUGCAAGCGCUCAAAGACGAGCACCGAUACUACACGGCGGCCAAGGAACUGUACUCGAACGUUACCGAGCUGUUCCCCGACUCCAACAUCUGGCUGUCAGGCCAUUCUCUCGGGGGCGCAGUCAGCUCCCUCCUGGGCCUGACCUACGGUAUUCCCGUCGUGACCUUUGAGGCCGUGCCAGAGGCGCUCGCCGCCAGCAGACUGGGACUGCCUGUUCCUCCAGGAUACGAUCAGAUGCUUCACCAGGCUCGCACAGAUACCGGCGCCUUCCAUUUUGGUCAUACGGCAGACCCCAUCUACAUUGGGACCUGUAAUGGUGCUACUGCGACGUGCUCCUUUGCCGGGUAUGCCAUGGAAUCGGCCUGCCAUUCUGGACUUGAGUGCGUUUAUGACGUUGUGGCCGACAAGGGAUGGAGAGUCGGCAUCGGAACCCACAAGAUCCGAUCUGUUAUCCACGAUGUCAUUAUGAAGUAUGACACGGUCCCAGAGUGCAAGGCUACGCCCGAAUGCCGCGACUGUGCCAACUGGAAAAUGUAUGAGAGCAACGGGACCGAAUCGACCACGACGUCCAAGUCCUCGACAACAUCGAAGACGCGUACUCGGACAGCCACCUGCCAGACGCCGGGCUGGUGGGGUUGCCUGGAUGAGACCACGACGACGCCGGUUACCACUACUACUUCCACGUCGACCACGUCCACUUGUAAGACCCCUGGCUGGUUUGGAUGUAAGGACGAGACGACCACGACUACAACCACUUCGUCUUCAACUACGACUACAACAACGACGACUACUUGCAAGACACCUGGAUGGUUUGGCUGCAAGGACAAGACUACAUCGACCACGAGCACGACUUUGUUCCCCGGCGCAACCCCGUCUCACACCAUCACUGCCGCGCCCACGGCCACCCCGACAUCAGCGCCCACCAAAGCACCCCCUUCAGAUCCUCGCUGCAAUACGAGGUACUGGUUCGGAUGGUGUAAAGAAUGGACCCAGGCGGGCGAGAGCUGGAGUGAGGAGAUGUGA